AUGGUCUGGUUCCAGUGCGAGGACUGCGGCGACACGCUGAAGAAGCCCAAGGUUCGCGGGCACGCGUCGCAGUGCAGCGCGAGCCGCUUCUCGUGCGUCGAUUGCCUCCAGGUGUUCGACGCUUACACGGUGCAGCAGCACACCAGCUGCGUCACCGAGCACGAGAAGUACGCGCUCAGCAUCACCAAGCCCGGGCAAGAGCAUCUGAUGAGCGCGGCCGCGAACAAGGAGCAGGGCGGCGGCGGGCCCGCGGGAGGCGGCGGCGGCGCGGUCGUGGGCGAAGAUUUCCUCAGCAAGAGCCCGCCUUACGAGUGCGCCUGCUGCAAGGUGAAGUGCACGAGCUGGGAGACGCUGGUGGGUCACGCGCAGGGAAAGAAGCACAAGAGCAAGAGCAGGAGUGCGUACGCGGCGCAGGGCAAGGGACCGGACGGCAAGCCCCUGCCCAAGGAGGAGGAGAAGAGGGAGGAGGAGGAGCAGGAGGCGGCGGCGAAAAAGGCGGAGGACGAUGCAGACGCCGGGGCUGGCGGCGGCGAAGAGAACGCCGCCGACGAGUCGCCCGUGAAGGAGAAGAAGGAGAAGAAGGAGAAGAAGAGAAAGCGGGACAAGGAGGACAAGAGCCCGAAGAAGGAGAAGAAGGAGAAGAAGGCCAAGAAGGAGAAGAAGGAGAAGAAGGAGAAGAAGUAG